GUGUCCAGUUAUGUUGUCGUGGCGAACGUUGCUGGGGCGACAAUUCGUUUGAGCAUUUCCAUCGCGAGGAAAUCCCCUUGUUUGUUUUUCAUUUUCUCCCGGUUUCUCAACAUUGUUCAUCGUCGACGACGCGAAGCGUACCCGGCCGUGUAAUUGUGCGCGAGCGCGAGCAGAAAACGCGGGGAAACGCGUUCGGUUCCUGUAGGUAUCGACGCAUUUUUCGAUACCGCUGUCGGGACCAUUUACAUUCCAUACCCAUGCGUGGUCUCCGGCACCAAGGAUCUAGUGCUUCGUGAACUCGUUCGCGGGAGAAGUCGCGGAUCUCUUUAUUGUCGAUCCGGGGACCAGGGAUACCGAACGAGUUCAAAAACUCGUGCACACACUGAAGUGCGAAGGGACCUCGAGCGGGCCGAGCAGGCAUGCGGCGCGUAUCGCUGAUGGAAAAUGGACAUUAGAGAGGUAAUACAUUUCAUUCAUCCUAUCAGCUUUGGUCCAGAUGUGUAGAAAUCAUAUCGUUAUCUGAAUACUGCAAACAAGGAUAUCAACUGAAUAUACGAACCGAGGAACCGUCGUCCGCAGCAGCAGCAGCAGCAGCAGCAGCACCACCACAAGCGACGGUGGCUGGUGGUCCCGGAAGGUGUCCCCGGGUUUUCACGAGAAUCGUCGACCUUUCCUCGCACGUGAGACCAACUCCGACAGCCCGGCCUUGAAGGCGAAGGCGCGCGGGAGAAGAGCAGCGAUCGUCGUCGCGCGAGGGAACACGGGCCAUCGGGAGAGAUUUAUUCGAGUUUCGCAACCUCUCUCGAUCGGUGGCAGCGGCGGCGGUCGUGACCCCGAUAGAGCUCAUCCACCUGGCUGGCUGGUUGACUCCGUUCGCCAGGACAAGCCGAAAAGGUUGGGGGACCUAACCGAAGAAUACCCGUGUGUCCGCCGCGAUCAGUGGUCCCUUGCGCGAGUAGCGGAUCGCUACCGGAAGUCGCGCGAUGUAGCUCGUCCCGGUGGUCCCAUGAUUUUUCGUCGACCGCUUCGAGGAGAACGGGACUCUUGAAACCGGGCAACGGUGCAGUUCGUUGUGCAGGGACUUUUCGUAAGCCGGGUUAGGCUGUGCCUGGUCGAGCCAUGAAGACGAUGAGCGACGAGGUUGCAGACCCUGUCACUGAACAGAACGGUAGCUCUGGACAAAACGCGACUGCUAGUAAGGAAUUUGGACAGAGAACCCUCAGGUCCUUGAAGAAAGGCCUCGGCAGGCUGUGGAGGCGGCACAGGGGUAACGCCUCCAUCACCGAGUACGACCCCUGUUAUAAGGUCGCUUAUCUUGGGAACGUUCUCACUGGAUGGGCCAAGGGUGAGGGCUGCGUGGAGAAACCGGUGUCGACCUUAUGGCGCAAUUACGUUACCAGCAACAGGCCGGACGUGUCGAUGAGGCUGACGGUCACGAACGGUGGUUUGACCGCGACGACGAAGGACCACGGCUUGACGGAGUACUGGGCGCACAGAGUCACUUAUUGCACAGCGCCCGCUUCCCACCCGCGCCUGUUCGUCUGGGUCUACAGACACGAGGGGCGGAGGUUGAGGCCCGAGCUCAGGUGCCAUGCCGCCCUCUGCAGCAAGGAGUCCACCGCCAGGAGGCUGGCCUCGACCUUAAACGCCAGGCUACAGCAGGCGCUCCUGGAAUUCCGACGAGACAAGGUCUCCAGGCAAAAUGCUAGACUAUCCCUAGCAAACGCCCUGUACGAGAACCCAUCGUUACCAAGACGGAAGUUACUUCUAAGCACCGGUGGCCAGAAUUACCGGCCGCCCCUCGAGAGAUCGAAAAGCGCGCCGAAAUUGUCGGCGAUCGAGGAGGACAUUGUCGCCGAAGAAAUCGAGCAGCAGAGGAUCCUCGAGGAACUGAGGACCCUGGAGACUGUCGCUCGCAGCUGGCAAGACCAGGACAGCUGGAGGCUCGCUCGGCUGCUCGAAGCUUUGAAUCGCGAGUCGUCCGACGAAAACGGAAGCAUUUCCAGCGGAUGCGAAACAGCCAGCACAGCGACCAGCGAAGAAAGAGCGCCUGGCCCGGAAGAUAAUCAUGCUACAGGUGAGCCGGAGCAGAGGGCGGAGAGACGAGUCAUGUUCUCGGACGACGUGGUGAGAAUGGGCACGGGGCCACGGCGAAAUUCGGACGGUUCCCCAAACUUCAUGACCUGCGCGGGAAGCCCGCGUUUUCUCCUGCGAGGUGUAGCGACCAGCCGGAAAAGGUUCACGCCGAGGACAGAGGAGGACGAGUCGAUGGAGGAGGAGGACGAGGAGAUGGAAGACUCGAGCUCCCACGUGUUCGACUUCGAAGACGUCGAGGAUUUCGACGACGUGGUCGAUUACAGGCCGAGGGGCGAGAUACUACGUAGGAUCGACAAUUCGCAGGACAGGGAACGACGGGUAAUGGAAACGUACCCGGGCCGAAUGAAUCACGAGCUGCUGCAGAACGACGAGUCCCCGUUCCUCACCUUGGAUUCCCUCGACGAAGAAGUGGACAGCGACGAGAGCGGCUACGUCGAGGCUCCCCCGAAAUCUCUGUUGGGCCAGGACGACCGCAAAGAGGAGGAAGAAACGAACAACGCCCGCGUCGAUCCGUGUCAAGGUCAGUCUGAGUCAUCGGACGUCCACAGGAGAUCGAAACCCGUUGCGCAGGAGAGCCAGACAAAACAAUUGCCGGAUCCCAAAGAGUCGAAAGAGGAGAAGAAAACAAAAGAAGAGUCCGAGUCCAAGGACUCUGCCGUGGACGACAGCCAGAGAAUCAAGGACAAGGAAAGGGAUAGAGCGGACUUCAUCAAAUGUCCGAUUUCGGAGACCAUCAAGAAGCUGGCGAACGCGUCUUUGAAGAGUUCCAAAUCUUUAGAGAUGACCACCAACAGCUGCUUGAAGGCUUUGAACAAUUUGAAGACUUCGAAGUCCUUUGACGGCGUUAAGACUGUCGAUAUUGACGCAGAAUCGCCGAGCCUCCAUCAGAGGAAGCAACUGCUAGCCCAACACGGCGUUGUCGUUUGAACGUUCGUCAAUAACGUAGCGCCGAAGAUUCUGGAUUGGGUAUGUCCUUUUCUGAUCUUUGACACGCCGAGGCCGGAUUGGAUGUGGACUGAUCAUAAGCGUACCGUAGAUUCGUUCGUUGUCAGAUUCGUUAGGGAACUCUGACACGAUAGGUAGCUUUUCGUGAGACACCGACUGUUCGAUGGACGCAACUGCGAUGCUCGCUCUGCUCGAUCGAAGACGGGACCUAGAGAAAUCGUUGUCACACGUAUUAUUCUAUCACCCUCACGCGGUUGUAGGUACUAGUUGCAAGCUCGAUCGAUCGGCGCGUGCCGUGCGGCAGGCAUUUUAACCCUUGACGUCGAUCAUUUUUUUGGUAAUAAUCAGUUUAUUUGUGAAGCAACCGAAUAUUGGAUAACUGUAGAGGAAACAUUAAUAGUACUUUAACCGUUUGAGUGCUAUUGGUUUUUGCAAACAGCUAGUCGAAAAGUGACAAACGAUGCGAUUGCGCUUUUUUUGUUUCAGCACAGAAACUGAAUUGCACUUUAUUUUUACAUACACAAAUUCUAGUGUGAUCAUUCUAUUUUUUCCUUUUAUAAAUAGGUAAUAACAAAAAUAAAAAUUAAGAACUAGAAGGAAAACAAAUAAAGUUAAUUUGAUUCCACGAACGGAGAAGUGUAACGGAGAAGCGCAAUUGUGCUGCUUGGUACUCAAACAGUUAAUAUAAUAAAAUAGAAAAUUAAUAUAAAUGGAAUUGAAAACUAUUUUUUACAUUUCUAUCUAGUGGAGUGUUUUGACUGUUAAAGGUUAAAUGGAACCGAGCGAUCGAAAAAUUUCCGCGCGGCACGCGUCGACCUGUACAAAUUUGACACCGAGGGGAUUAGUAGACACAAAGCGUAUUGUCUAAAGCGGAAAAUAAAUGUUUAACGAUAAUAUACCAGAAAACGUACAGAAUGUCCCGAAUAUAUGUUAAUUAAUUUUAAGGGGGGUAGAAGAUCACUAAUCAAAUAUUGUUCGAUACCAUGUUUGAUCUAUAAUUAUUCGGUAUUAACGUUAUACAAUUUUUAAAUAUUAAAUUGUUACAUUAACGUUAUUAGUUAUAGAAUUUAUAAUUUUAUAAAUUUGUCACUCAAUAGAAAUAGAACGAACGGUUUAAUUAUAUUUUACUGUUUCCUUUCAUUUCUUAAACAUCGCGGAACUUGGAACAUUUCAGAGCUUAGAAGAAAUGAGUUUAAAAUGAAUCAUAAAUUUAAAAGAACUUUUUUUUCUAAUUUUCUAUUAAAAAAAUUAUAAACUAUCUAUGCCUAGUAUUACUACAUGUAUUGCUAUUUUUACUCCGGUUUAGUACUCUUACAACCCCUUAAAAUAAUUCAGUGUAUACCCGGGACGUUCCUAAUAUUGUUUUACUAAACUAGUGCAAACACAAAUGGUUCUGAGUGUCUUGAAAGGAUAGAGGUAUUUUUAAUUCUGAUUUGUAGCCGUUUAAGAGUGCUGUUGAAUAUGACUGAAAUAAUUUGUUGUUUAGAUGUGUGAUACGAUUACGAUGAUUGAUCUGAGAGUGAAUUUAUUGAGAGGAGAGAGUCGAAUGUGUUUUUCGCGUUAUUCGUGGAUUUUUCGAAACAAUGAAUGCAAAUAUCGCCGAAUGGAAAGGUGGAGUAUUGAAUAAACCUUUAUUGCGCAAAGUUACUGGAAACAUUCGCACAAAUCAGAGCAUAAAUAAAGAUUUUGUAAAUACUUUGAUCGAGCGUUGAGAAUGAUAUAAAUUGAUGUUUUGUUACCAAAAUUCAGCAUCGUGUAUUUACAUUAGCACUGAGAUCAAAUUCUUUCGUGGAAUUUUAAUAGAUUUGCUUAUCGCAUAGAAGAAACAUACUUCUUACUAAUUAUUCCAAAAAUGAUGCUAUUUAAAACAAUAUAUUAUGAUUCUUGAAGCAAGAACGUGCCAUAGAUAUGCUUCAGAGCGAGACAAUUUUGAAACCAUCGUGAACAACUUGUAGAAAAAAUAUUCCAACGUUCUGGCGCUGAAAUGAAUAAACGCAUUAAUCAAGAAAUUGUAACAGAUUCAAUAUUUUCAAGACAACGAUAUUUUAAUAUUAGGGAAAUAUUGCGUAUAUAUUCAAAGCAUCACUUUAUCUGGUUGUUAUUAUAACAAAAACAAUAUAUGUAUCGUCGAAAUGUGUCGUGUAUUAAUUUAUAACCGUACGUUUAUCAUCUUAUCAGCGAUUUCACUCGUCCGAUGUGUAAAAGGAAAAAUGAAUAGGAAAGUGAACCGAAGAUGCGCAAUAUUUUCUGACCCAAUUCUAUUCAAAUUUUGCAACGAGAAGUACACCAGAUAAUACAACCCGUUGUCGAAGACAACCCGGAUAAUACAACCAGUAUACGAAAGAGCCUUAACACGUUUGCGACCGCAUACCAUUUUCCAAAGUCUAUAGCUGAAUACCGUAAGAGUCUGCUAUUCAAAUAUGUAUGAGCAUAAAAAGUAUAUGAUGUGACUAUGUUGUUAACAUUUAACUGUAGAUUAUAAAAUAAUAAGAUUAACACUAGAACUACCGUUCAGUCAAAUUGCAUUUUUCAAAUUGGUAUUACAAAAGCAAUUUCGUCAAUAAUUUCUCAGAGAAUCAUUUGUUAUCUUUUCAAUAAUUUUAAAUGAAGAUAUCAAGACCGCUUUAUAUUGACUCAUCUAAUAGAUCUAAUAUUAAUUCCUUAUCUUAUGAUUUAUUUCUCAAGUAUGGUCGAUAUAAUUACUUUGCUAUUAAUAAUUAAUUUAAAAAGAAGAAAAAGUCUAGGCAUAUUCUGUUUGUUUUAAGGCAUAAUUAUUGAUAACAAAAGAAUAAUGUUUAAUUUGAAUUCAAAAGAACUGAGUAAUAUUUAUGCUGAUUAAAUUCUGUUUAAAAUCUUCACCUCGAAUCUAACACAUCGUUAUAAAGUAAACGGUUAAAUGACCGACAUUCUUCUAAAAUAUGUAAAAAUGAUGUAAGGACUGCGUCACAGGCAUCGUUUUAAAAAACUUAGAAAUUACGUAGAACUACGUUACCGGUAUUUAGCUAAAGAAUGUAAAAUGAUGCAGAACUACGUUACCGGUCUCGAAUGUGUUAAGUGCCACUAAAAAACGAGAAACGUUUUAUGCACCGUCGCAAUCGAAAUCCUCUUAACCGUGUACGAAAUCACGUUCGUACGAGACUUGUACCGCUAGAGGUUGCCCGGUGAUUAUAGAUCGCGUGCGAAACCGGCGGAAAACUCGAAUUGCAACUCUGCAAGAUAUAUCUCGCGCGGAUCCGGGUCAAUCAAUAGAAUAGCAACUUCUCCGCGGCCAUCAACCCCGCGUGUUUUUUCGAAGGGCCGAGUCGCCAUCUUGUUUUGUCGAUCGAAAGGCGUUCAGCUUACGUGAACAUAAUAUUUGGAGAGAUUUUGGGUGAAUUGUUUCUGAAAACACAUCUGUAAUAUAUUUGAAUUUAGAGAAUUUUCUAAUAAAUUGUAUCACAAAUAUCAA